GUAUUACAUCAUAACAAAAGUAUAUAAAUGAAGGUGACUUGUGGUUAAAUGCUCGCAAAAUCAAUAAAAUGGAUUCGCGAAGUGUUGGUUUCGUUCUUUGUCUUGUGGGCUUUGUCGCCUUUGUAAAUGGACAAGGAUUUAAACCAGCUGGACAAAUAUCAGAAGCUUGCUUUAAUUGUUUGUGCGAGGCUUCAUCAGAAUGCGACGAGAAUAUGGAAUGUCAACGCGAAGGUCCUGGCCAAUACCACUGCGGCCCUUACCUCAUCUCAUACGCCUACUGGAAAGAUGGAGGGAAACCCGGUGAAAAUCCUGAUGACCCUCUCGAUUUUGAGAAAUGCGUGAGAUCUAGGCCAUGUGCCGAAGCCGCUAUCCGAGGCUACAUGAACGAAUGGGCCAUUGACUGUGACGGCGACAUGGACAUAGAUUGCUACGAUUGGGCUCGAAUCCACAAAUCUGGAGCUCCUUCUUGCAACAGCACCUGGGUGCUCAACACAGAUUACUGGGCGAGAUUCAGUUCCUGCUACAAGGGAAAAGACGUAUAAAAGGCAUACAUUCAUAUGUUAACAAGCAACGUAGUUUCAUUUUGGCAUCUUUUAGUUUUAAUAAAAAUAUUGCAAUUUA